AUGGAGAAGGGAGUCUUCCAUUGGGCUGACUAUUUGGUUUAUUGGAACAGCUUAAGUGAUCGAAUCUACAUUGCAAUCAGAAUUAUGCAGCCUGUCUUUUAUCCCAUGCUAGCCCUUGUUGCUCUUCCAGUGAACACGCUGACCAUUGUGGUCCUGUCCCGGGGAAAGUGCGGUCUCUCCACUGGUGUCACUCGCUACCUGAUGGCCAUGGCAACGGCCGAUCUACUGGUCAUUAUUGUCGACCUGAUAAUGAGACAGAUUCCCAUUGCUUACUAUGAAGCAUUUCGGUUCCUGGAGGUUGUCCCAAAGCUGAAAACAAACUAUUGCACCGAGAGAACAGCGGCUGUGGUUCUGGGGACAGUGACCGUGCUGAGCUGUUUAAAGAACAUCUUCUGGUAUUUUAUGUUGAGCGGUUGGUACAUGCUAUAUAAUGGCCCCUGGUUUUGUUGGGGAAGAUCCGGUGUUCAUGAAUCACUGGCCUGGGGAAUCGGGGAGUUUCUCCAGUAUCUCAUCACCCCCGUGAUGCCAUUUGUCCUCAUUGUUGUGUUCAACACUUUGACCAUCAGAUACGUGUUAAUGGCGAGCAGAGCCCGCAGGAGACUCCGUGGUCCCAGGAGUGGGGAGAGUGGCAGAGACCCGGAGAUGGAGAGCCGCAGGAAAUCCCUCAUUUUACUGCUGGUCAUCUCGGGGAAUUUCAUCGUGUUGUGGGCGGUCUAUGCGGUAUAUGUUGUGUGGUACAGACUGGCUUCGUUAUUUCCUAGCUGGGCCAAUCCAGACAACUCCAUUAGCGAACUAGGCUACAUGUUGCAGACCCUGAGCUGCUGCACAAACACGGCUCUUUACGCCGUCACCCAGACUAAGUUCAGGCAGCAGUUCAAACAGGUGGUGAAAUCGCCCGUUUCUUUGAUUGUAAAAUGCACUCAACGCCGCGUGGUUUAG